AUGAGAUUCUCACACCUUUCCACUAUUGCUUUCGCGUUGCUGGCCCGGACCAGCCUUGCUGCUCCAUAUGGCGGAACUGCGGACAAAGUGGCACAGGCAGCAGUCUCGUGCGUUGCAGUCCUGCUUUCGGGUGACACGAUGCUGGCCCCGACCCCAGGAGUGGUAGCUGACCUAUAAGUUUCCUUCUCAAAGCGCUAGCGAGCAUGCCCGCAACGAGUUUGUGAGUCAAGGCAGUCUCGUUGCAGGAUUUCCGAGCAGCAGCCAAGGGAUGAAGAAGCUGACUCAUCUGGCCAGGAUCUUGGCUACAUACCGACGUGCCUUAGCUGUCUGGUGGCCCUGGGCGCAUCUUCUGGACAGACAGUUCGGGCCAAACGCAUCACAUUUAUCAUGCAACGUGGGGACAUUUUCAAAUGA